CUGUAGGUGAAUAGGGGUAUGGAUGGUAUAAGUCGCAUGACGAGAAGCAUUUAAAGUAGUCGGAACUAAGAGUCCACCAACUAUUUAAAGUACCACAUCAUUGUAUUAGUAAAUUACCGGCAACGCUCGACAAUUCCCAAGAGGUACUUGGUCCUGUAGAUCCUGUAGCCAUGCUGACCGCCUCAAGACUUGAAUUAACUUUAAUAUGAACCAGAUAUUUGUACACUUUGGUCUUGUUCGUCCUAUCGCCUAAACUGUCACGUCGCUAUAUACCUCUUGAUAUGGCUAUGUUGAUGUCAGCCAUGUGGCAUCAUCUGGGGGGUUAUGGUAGGGGCAAUGUGCCCACUAGUCCCAUCAAACCAGGAACUGCUGGAGACCAAGAUUAGGUAGUCAGAUAUAACCACCAGCUGGACGAAUGGUCGAAGAGUAUCUAUCCAUGGUCUAAAUUGUAGUGAAUAUCUCAGUCGCACAAGAAUACCAACUUAGGUAAAACUAUAUUCGUCACGUAGUAUACUAUGCUACUCCACGUCAGGGCCAUGUCAAGGUAGGCGAACAUGCUUAUAUUGUUCGCCUCUGAUUCCUAUAUUUAGGGUUGAUUCUGCUCUGGCACACUUCAGCACUGUUCAUAUAAAUGGUUAGUAUAAAUCAUUUACCUCCAUGUUAGAAUCGAAUCUCUCGUUUCUACCUGCUCUAGCUGGCUGAUUGCGAUUAGAUAUCAUAUCGUCAUAUAUAAUAUCGUCAUAAAAAUGAUUGCAAAUUGGUCUAUCCUCCAGGUAUUGCUGGCCUCGACUUGCCUAUUGUCAACCGGGUUGGGAGAAGCCCAAGUCAACAGAAUCGCAUGGCUGGAUAACGUCAAGACACACGAUCCGACCUCUUCAAAACCAGUGGCCGCCCAUGUUGCCUCGCAUGAAGCCGAACAUAUUGUUCUCGUCGAAGAUAGCGCCGAAUCACAGGUUAACGUUUGGGUCUUGUCCGGGGUAGAAAAGAGAGAACCAAGGAGGAAGUCUAAUAAUAAUCACUCCGGCAAUGACACGCGAACUGACGAUUCGGGUGUUGGGAAAAUUGAUAUCUCUGUACCGCUAUCCAUCGGUGCGAGUCUUAUGAUUAUAGUAGAUGUAUUCUUUUAACUUUUAAUACUAG